AUCUCGCAUUUCACGACUCCAAUUAAAAUUCAAGAUCACGUUUAUCAUCAUCAUCAUUAAUUCAAUCAGAUUCAUAUCACGUUCUUUAAAUCGUUCCGUUGUCGCAUCCUGUUGUUUGAUCAGAUUUGAUUUGUCAUCAUAUUCGACUCUUGGAUUGAUAAUCGAUUUUACAUUUGGGUUGAUCGUGAAUAUCAAUCAAAGAAUGUCAUGAGAAAUUCUCAUGAACACGAUAAAGAUGGUAAUGAAUUUGUUUGAAUCGGGUGUUUGAUCUGAAAAAGUUAAGACGUGGGAGUAUUAUUGUAGAUUGCCUCUUUUAACUAAAGCAGGAGGAAGGGCAAAGUGGCAAAAAGAAAAACGAAGUCGUUAGCUGUUUCGUUGUCUAUGUUUCUCUAUGCGAGAAAACAAGACCGUGUCGGAGAAAGGAACCGGAAACUGAGAUACCGACCGGAAAAUCGGGAUAGAAAACGUAGAGAAAACACGAUUCGAUAAUCGAAGGGCACAAAGAGAAAGACAAAGGAAAGGUUGGCGGAGGUUUGUUUGUUUUGAAUAAUUUUGGCCUCUGCAACUUUCCCCAAAUGAUGUUACGCUAUCGUGGUCAUCAUCCCCCUUCCCUCCAUUUCCGCUUUGUUGUUAUCGACAGGAGAAAGGUUUGAAUACGUGCAUGCAGACUUGGAGAUGUUUUCAAAAGCAUUAGAUCUUUGUACAUUGUCCAGAUUUCCGAAUAGUGUUGGGAUGGUUUUUUGGCAACCAUACUGCUUUAAACAAGGAAUAUUUGGGGUUUUCUGCCCUACGUUUUCGUUUUGGUUUUGAUUGUACCCUGGGAUGGCUGCUCCAUCCAAAGUAGUGGUUGGAUCUCAAGUCUGGCUGGAGGAUCCUGAGGUAGUUUGGAUAGAUGGUGAUGUUUUGGAAAUCAAUGGUGAUAAUAUUAAAGUUAAAUGUUCAACAGGAAAAGAAGUAGUAAUCAAUGCAAGCAGUGUUCUUGCAAAAGAUCCUGAGUUUCCUGCAGGUGGAGUGGAUGAUAUGACAAGGCUUACUUAUUUACAUGAGCCGGGGGUUCUACAAAAUUUAAAAAGUCGAUAUGAUGCGGAUGACAUUUAUACAUACACAGGAAAUAUAUUAAUAGCUGUGAACCCUUUCAAAAGAUUACCUGAUUUAUAUACGAAAGAGAUAAUGACACAGUACAAAGGUGCAUCAUUUGGGGAAUUGAGUCCACAUCCUUAUGCUAUUGCACAUGCUGCAUACAGGCAGAUGGUGAACGAGAGAAUAAGUCAGUCAAUUCUUGUUAGUGGAGAAAGUGGAGCUGGUAAAACAGAAAGCACAAAGAAUCUUAUGCAGUAUCUUGCUUUUAUGGGAGGUCGCCCUUCAUCUGAGGGGCGACGGAGUGUCGAGCAGCAAGUUCUAGAAUCUAAUCCGGUUUUAGAAGCAUUUGGCAAUGCAAAGACACUGAGAAACAAUAAUUCAAGUCGUUUUGGUAAGUUUGUUGAGAUCCAGUUUAAUGACAGUGGAAGAAUCUCUGGAGCUGCUAUCCGAACUUAUUUGCUGGAAAGAUCACGUGUCUGCCAAGUUUCUGAUCCUGAGAGAAAUUAUCAUUGCUUUUACAUGUUGUGUGCUGCACCACCAGGGGAGUCUGAAAAUCCCAAGAGUACCUUGAAACUAGGAAGGCUAUGGAUGUUGUUGGGGAUCAAUUCGGAAGAGCAGGAUGCUAUAUUUCGUGUUGUUGCUGCAAUUCUUCAUUUAGGUAACAUUGAAUUCGGUAAAGGAAGUGAACCAGAUUCCUCCCAACCCAAGGAUGAUAAAUCUAAUUUCCAUCUAACAACUGCAGCUGAGCUAUUCGAGUGUGAUAGGACGGCUCUUGAAGAUUCUUUUUGCACACGUGUCAUUGUGACUCGUGGUGAAAGCAUAAAGAAGUGUCUUGAUCCAACGGCUGCAACUAUCAGUAGAGAUGCAUUUGCCAAAAUAGUAUACUCAAAAUUAUUUGAUUGGCUUGUGAACAAGAUUAAUAAUACGAUAGGCCAAGAUUCGGACUCAAAGUUCUUCAUUGGGGUUCUGGAUAUUUAUGGAUUUGAGAGUUUCAAGACAAACAGGUGCUUAACUGGUACGCUUUGA